CCUUUACCCACAACACCAUGUCUGAAUUCAGCGGCGCGGGAAAUGACGACCUCUCGCUCCCAAAAGCCACCGUCCAGAAAAUCAUAUCGGAGAUCAUCCCGCCGGAACUAUCCUUUUCCAAGGAUGCCAGGGAAGCGCUCAUCGAAUGCUGCAUUGAGUUUAUCAUGAUCUUGGCGACCGAGUCUAAUGACAUUGCCGAGAAGGAAGCCAAGAAGACCAUUGCGUCCGACCAUGUGGUGAAGGCCUUGGCCGAGCUUGGCUUCCACAACUACAUCGAGCCCAUUAACAAGGUCUUGGACGAGCACAAGGAGCAUGCCAAAGGAAAGGAAAAGAAGCACAAUAAGUUCAUGAAGUCUGGCUUGACGGAGGAGGAGUUGUUGAAGCAGCAAGAAGAGUUGUUCAGACAGUCACGCUCCAGAUUACAGCACCAGUCUUCCUCCAUCGCGGUGCCCACGGUCAAGACCGAGGACGAAGACCCGAAAAUCAAAACGGAAGGAGCCUAGGCCCAACGACGCG